GUCAAGGGUUAAGGAUGUUGACCUGUCGUAGGCAAAGCGAGGCUGCACUGUAGUAGAAGUUUGAUUAUUUGCUGAUGAUUGUAGUACUAGUAGAUGUAUUUUCUGUGUUAUCUCUUCAAGGCAAACAAACAUCAGUUGUUUUUCUGAAGAUAAUAGGUUUGAAACAUGGGUAGAGGAGGUGCGUAUGUCUCCUCUCGCCGUGACAGCGAGUCUGAAAUUCAUGCCGCAAACAUUGGAAUCUAUGGCUGGCGAAAACGGUGUUUGUAUUUCUUGGUCCUUCUGCUCAUGGUUCUUAUUAUCAUCAAUAUAGCUCUCACCGUGUGGAUUCUUAAAGUGUUGGACUUUUCCAUUUAUGGUUUUGGGAGUUUAAAACUGAGUGGUGAUGACGUCAGGAUAUCAGGAGAUGUUGAGUUUCUCAAUCCAGUCUAUGCAUCAGAGAUUCAUGCAAAUCAUGAUCUGCCUUUAGUUUUAAACUCUAAGAAUAAUAUUACCUUCAAUGCAAGAAACAGACAGGGGAAUGUAACAGGAAAGUUUGUAAUUGGAUCAAAAGAAGUAAAAUCAUUUAGUGAACGAUUUAUUAUAUAUGACAGUCAAGAAAACAUUCUGUUUGAUGCCAGUGAUGAGUCACUCACCAUCGGAGACAUAGUCAAGCAUGUCAAGUUUACAGUUUCAGGAGGAGUAGCGUUCCAAGGUCCUAUCCAGGCUAAUAUAAUUUCAUCAAAUAAUGAAGAAAAUUUAAGGUUAGAAUCACCCAUAGGGGAUGUUACAGUUAACGCUGCUGAAACCUUAACAUUAUCUUCUAAUAAAUUGGAAUCUAGCUGCCAUGGUGAUAUGUCAUUGGAAUCAAAAACAGGGAAAAUUAUUUUAGAAUCUUCAAAUAUUCAUAUUACUGGAUUACAAAAGUCAACAACAACCGCCGGUGCCUAUCAACUGUGUAUUUGUGAAAAUGGUCGUCUUUUUCUUGCUCAUCCAUCUGAAAUGUGUGACUCUACCAACUCCGAAUGCAACUAAAAUUCAUCUGAAUCAAGCAAUGUGAUGUAAAGUUCAUCUGUAAAAUAAUUUUUUACUGUUUUACUAUUUAUAUAAAGCACUAUAAAAUGUACCUUGAUAAUUGAUUUUAUUUAUUUUAGACAUAGACAUAUUUGUACAGUAGAUGUAUUUGUAUUUAUAUGUUGUAUAGUUUAUUGUUUUAUUUGUGAAAAUGAAUUUUUUCACUUUUAAAAGUUAUUUAAAAAUUUCCAUGAUUUGAUAGAGCUGUUGAUAUUUGCGUAUUAGAACAAAUGAUUAAUAGAUAGUAAAGAAAGUACGGUCAUUCUGUGGCAAAACGACGUAACUUGGAAAUUGUCACUUUUCGAGAAAAAUAGAGUUAAAGUUUGCAUGUUUGCAAUUUGGCAAUAAAUUGUCAUACCCUACUGAAAUUUUGCGUUGUUUUACCUCGGAAACAUGUCAGGCGCGGUAUUGUCGUGAGUGUGACAUAUUUUUGGGAUUAAUUACGUUUGGGGCAACCAUAUGCAUUAUCUAGCUUGUGCAUACUUUGACGUUAAGAUUAUUGAUAUAAAAACACCAUCAACUUGUUGAUUUUGGCUUGCCAAAGUCCAUUCAACUCAAAACAGUUUUUGAAUACUAUUUCCAAAAGCAAAACAAGGUAUCUUCAUGCUUUGCCUCGUAAUCUUGCAGAAUACGUUGUUUUACCAUCACUAGAUUUUAAGUUUUGUGCUUACUAUCUCCAAAACUACUUAUUGUUUUCAUUGGUAAGUGUUUUAUAUACUGUACUCCCAAAUAAUACUAUCUCAAAAUCGACAAAAAUGGUAUUUACGUUGUUUUGCCUCAGGACGACCGACUAAAUGUAGUGUUAAAAUUAACAAACAACUUGAGACCACUGCGGUGUAGAGACUUGGAAUUACCAAGAGAGAGUAUAUCAACAUCUUAUUAAGAUUUGUCCACACUUUAGAUUUUUCUAUGGCACAUUUACCCAUAUAUGGGCAUGAUGAUGUCAUAUCACACCCAUAUAUGGGCGUGAUGAUGUCAUAUCACAUCCAUAUAUGGGCGUGAUGAUGUCACAUCACAUCCAUAUAUGGGCAUGAUGAUUUCAUGU